AUGCUGCGGAGGCGAGCCCAGGAAGAGGACAGUGCUGUGCUGAUUGACAUGGCCUUUCCCAAAGCACAGAAGGGGAGCUCUUAUGGGAGCACAGCUCACACCUCAGAGGCAGGUAAUCAGCAGAUGGGGAGUCCUGCCAAGCCUCUGAUUGACUUUGUUCUUGUUUGGGAAGAAGACUGGAAGCUGGGUAGACACCAGGAUAGAGUCACCCAGGACAAGACAGACACGCCUGAGAUCUGGAGAGAGACCUUUCUGGAAAACCUUCGUUUGGCUGGUCUGAAUAUAGACCAGCACAACGUUCAGGAUGAAGCCACAACGGUACACUACAUCCUCCUCAGCGCCCCCUGGUCUGUGCUCUGCUACUAUGCAGAAGACCUGCACUUGAAGAUGCCCUUGCAGGAGUUACCCUACCAGGCCUCCAACUGGUCAGCCAGCCUGCUGCAGUGGCUGGGAAUCCCUAAUGUUAUGCUGGAGCCCGUGCCUGACACACCCCCUGAGUACUACUCCUGCCAGUUCAAAGCAAGCAAGUUGUCACGGUUCCUUGGGAAUGACAACCAGGAUACCUUCUUCACCAGCACCAAGAGGCACCAGAUUCUAUUUGAGAUUCUGGCCAAGACCCCCUACGGCCAUGAGAAGAAAGGUUUGUUUGGGAUCGACCAGCUGCUGACAGAGGGCGUCUUCAGCGCAGCCUUCCCCUUGCACGACGGCCCAUUCUCUGCUGUUCCAGAGAGCACAGAGGUCAGCCAGCGCCAAGUUUUAUUCCAGUACUGGGCUCGCUGGGGCAAGUGGACCAAGUACCAGCCCCUGGAACAUGUGCGCAGGUACUUCGGGGAGAAGGUGGCUCUCUACUUCGCCUGGCUUGGGUUUUACACAGGCUGGCUCCUGCCUGCAGCAGUGGUGGGCACAGUAGUGUUCCUUGUGGGCUGUUUCAUGGUGUUCUCAGACAUACCAACGCAGGAGCUGUGUCACAGCUCAGAUAACUUCGACAUGUGCCCACUCUGCCCUGACUGCUCUUUCUGGCUGCUCUCCAGUGCCUGCACCCUGGCUCAGGCCGGGCGGCUGUUUGACCAUGGAGGCACUGUCUUCUUCAGCUUGUUCAUGGCACUGUGGGCUGUGCUGUUUCUGGAGUACUGGAAGCGGCAGAGCGCCACGCUGGCCUACCGCUGGGGCUGCUCUGACUACGAGGGCAUUGAGGAGAGGCCUCGGCCCCAGUUUGCUGCAACAGCCCCCAUGACAGCCCUGAACCCUGUCACUCAAGAGGAAGAGCCCCACUUUCCUGAGAAGCUCCGUGUGCACCGCAUGCUGGCCAGCUCUGUGGUGCUCCUGGUGAUGGUGGCUGUGGUCGUCAUGUGCCUUGUAUCCAUCAUCCUCUACCGGGCCAUCAUGGCUGUCCUUGUUUCCAAGUCAGACAAUGCCCUCCUCUCAGCCUGGGCCUCACGCAUCGCCAGCCUCACAGGGUCAGUGGUGAACCUCGUCUUCAUCCUCAUCCUCUCCAAGAUCUAUGUGGUCCUGGCCCAGGUCCUGACAAGAUGGGAGAUGCACCGGACACAGACCAUGUAUGAGGACGCCUUCACUCUCAAGGUCUUCAUCUUCCAGUUUGUCAACUUCUACUCCUCUCCCGUCUACAUUGCUUUCUUCAAGGGCAGGUUUGUGGGAUACCCAGGCAACUACCACACUUUGUUUGGAGUCCGUAAUGAAGAGUGUGCAGCUGGAGGAUGCCUUAUCGAGCUGGCACAGGAGCUCCUGGUUAUCAUGGUGGGCAAGCAGGUCAUCAACAACGUGCAGGAGGUCCUUGUCCCGAAGCUGAAGGGCUGCUGGCAGAAGCUAUGCUCCAGGAGGAGGAAGCUUGGUGUGGGUGCCCACCCAGCACCAUGGGAGGCUGACUAUGAGCUGCUGCCCUGUGAGGGGCUGUUUAACGAGUACCUUGAAAUGGUGCUGCAGUUCGGGUUCGUCACCAUCUUCGUAGCCGCCUGCCCGCUGGCACCGCUGUUCGCUCUGCUCAACAACUGGGUGGAGAUCCGCCUGGACGCCCGCAAGUUGGUGUGCGAGUACCGGCGCCCCGUGGCCGAGCGCGCCCAGGACAUCGGCAUCUGGUUCCCCAUCCUGGAGGGCCUCACGCACCUGGCGGUCAUCAGCAAUGCCUUCCUGCUGGCCUUCUCCUCCGACUUCCUGCCCCGAGCCUUCUACCGCUGGACGAGGGCGCGAGACCUGCGCGGCUUCCUGGAUUUCACGCUGGCGCGCGCGCCGCCGACCUUCACAGCCGCACACAACCGCACGUGCUGGUACCGGGCUUUCCGGGAUGAUGAUGGACACUAUUCCCAGACGUACUGGACUCUCCUGGCCAUCCGCUUGGCCUUUGUCAUUGUGUUUGAGCAUGUGGUGUUCUCCGUUGGCCGAGUUCUGGACCUCUUGGUUCCUGACAUCCCAGAGUCAGUGGAGAUCAAAGUGAAGCGGGAGUACUACUUAGCCAAGCAGGCUCUGGCUGAGAAUGAGGCUCUCAUUGGAGCAUCGGAAGCAAAGGAUGACCAGCCCCUAAGCUCAGAGCCAAGCCUGGGCCUUCCAGCCUAGGAUUCUAGAACUGACUGUCCCCUCUGGGUUACCAGAGGCCCAGCAGCUGACACAUCUGCCUGAAGAUACAGCUACUGUGGCUCUCAACUGUCAGAGUCCUCAGCUCACACAUCCUGCCUGGUCCCUGAUCCUACUAGAUGCCUCUCGAAGCCACCCAGCUGGAGCAGCAGUGCCCAGGGACAUCUGGUGGCAUUCAUGGGCCCAUUUCUUACUGUCCUUCCUAAAUUCCAUGAGCCAAUGACUUGUCUUCCUGUACCUCAUGGUAAAAGGGCUCCAUUUGAAACACUGGCUUCUGUGGUCCCCAUCUUUAUUAUACUCAAGAGCAUACCCUGCCCUUGCCUCUUGUUCCCCAGUAGGGAGGAACCCCGUUUCCUGUCCCCAAAGUCUAAGGGUCCUCUACAUGCAUUCCUGAUCCCCAUCCUGGCCAGGAGGUGGCCUUUGGUGUCUACACAUUCCCCACUGAUGGCUCCCCCUGCCCGGCCCUAGACACAGUUCUUCUGCCCACUGAGCUGGUGGCCUCUAGGGCCUUUCCCCAGUACUCCUUGAAGCUGCUUCCCUUUGAGUGGUACUUUAGGGCCACUCUCUGGCUCAUGCCUCCAGACUCACCCUCCCAUUGCCCCUCCUCACAGGGUUCUUACCAUGCUGCACACCUGACUCUUAGACCUGACACCUAUGUCCCAGCCACAGUAGGGAAGCUGCUCAGGGUGCCCUUCCACUCCUGAUUACCCAAAGCCUCUUCUCGUUUCUUGGCCUCUCCAUCCUGAUAGAUCAGGGGCCGCUGUGGCAUCUUUGUCUCUUGUACACUGUUAGCACUGGCAGCAACCAGCUCACCCACUGCUGGGCGAGGGACUCAGCACACACACAGUAAGCACUGAAGGGGAAAGGCUGUGGGGAUGAGGUGUUCUGCCUUGAUAGUAGCAGCAGAAAAUCCUGAAGAAAGCAUAUUCCUGUAGCGUCUGGUGGGCCUUCCCCGGUUUUGUACAAUUGCUUUCCAAAUUGGUUAACAGGACACAAAGUUUUGGCUUUUCCUGUUGCUAGUUAAUUGCCAGUUAUUUAUUCAUACAUUCCCUAAGUUGGCUGUCUACUCACUGAUGGGAUAUGGGUAUUCUCUCCUCUUCCACCACUGGACUUUGCUGGAAUAAAGGUCUGAAAGGCACAUGUUAACAUCUGCUGGUUUCUAUAGGGUUGUUAGGACAGAGGUAACAAGAGGGACACGUAGUUUUGGAAGGGCUGUGAAGCGGCAUCCACCCUCCCUCUAAAAACCUCUUUCUGCCGGGAGUGGUGGCGUAUGCCUGUAGUCCCAGCACUCUGGAGGCAGAGGCAGGCAGAUCUCUGAGUUCAAGGCCAGCCUGGUCUACAUAGUGAGUUCCAGGACAGCUGGGGCUACAGGGAGACCCUGUCUCAAAAACAAAACCUCUUUCCAAACAGUGCUCUUGCCCACCCCCACCCACUGCUGAACUUUGGCAACCCAUGUCUCAGAUACAGUUCUGCUUGCUCCAGCAUUUGCUGGGGGUUGGGGGGGCAUGCGCCACAGCUGUGGUGUGGUCACUGGCAUUCCUUUUGGACUUGUCACUCUAUCACCUUUGUCUUACAGUGGGGCUGGUGGUUUGGAGGGAGGUAGUGAGUUGGACUGUGUGAUGGAAAGAGACACGUCCCACUACAGGCCUUAAGAGACUAGCAGCUGGAGUGAUGGUCCAGCUAGUUCAAUGAGUGCGUUUGCUCAAUAAAGCCUUUAC